UGCACGGUCGCUGCUGAGCUCAACUACUGAACUAAGAAAGGAACGAAUCAGCUGAGGGAGUGAUUCUAUUCAGUAAAUGAGUCUUUCCAGUCAAAUGAUUCGUUCGCAAACGACACAACACUACUGUAGACGUUAAUCCUGCUCUUUCAUUGGCUGCAGCUGUAGCCCGUCCUCCUUCUCCGUCCCUUCGGCUGGAAGACAAACAACAACUGUCAGAGAAAUGGAGAAAUGACGGCGGAAAAAUAAGACAUUACCCUCUGCACAUGGAGUUUACAGCCGCUUCUUUUAAAACAGACUGAAUUCAGGGAGAUAUUUAAGCUCAAAUGUUCAGAGGAAUCGAGACAGCGUUUCACCCAGUUGAGCUGUAGCUACUGUAGGCUUAGCUCUGAGCUAAGCUAGCUACGCUAAGCAGCGCUAACAGCUAGCUAACUACCAAGUUAACGUUGGAGAGAGUUUUAUCUAUAUUUAUUCAUUUUUUUAUGUAUAAGGACCCCACCCUUUGUUUACAUUAUUAGUAUCAUUAUUUUUGGCGUAGUUCUUGAACGUAGCUAGCCAACUAUGGCGCAGAACAGUGGAGCUGGGGAUGCUAGCGGGGCCACAGGAAAGCGCUGCCCAAGUUCGGGCCUCCGGAGUCGGCAUCGGUCGGGAGAGAGGGACGGUCAGGUUCGGGCUGUGAAAGCCAUGCUGCUGGAGAGACUGGGACCGUAUGAGCGGCUGGUGACCUACAUGCAGGCGGUGCUGGUGUGGGAGAGACCUUUCCACAGUGUGCUGUUCCACACUUUGGUCAACGUUGUGUUCUGGUUCUUUGCCCUGAGCUCUUUAAGGUUGCUUUUCCUGUUGGCAUCAGGACUGGCUCUGGCUGUUUGUGUGGACACCUGGAGGAACAAGAUUUGGCCAAAGAUUAAAGUGAGAAGACAAGAUGAGAGUGAAAAUGAAAGCUGGGGUCUGGUGCAGCCAGGGACUUUGAGUGUGCCAGAGUUGUGUCACCACAUGGCCGAGUUAUGGGUGACUGGGUCCACUUGUGCAGCUGAUAUCACCCGGUUUAAACGGCGUAACCCAGGGAAGUUCUGCAUGCUGGUCUGUAGCCUGUUCUCUUUCCUGGCUAUGGUGGGACGCUACAUCCCUGGAAUAGUUCUCUCCUAUGUUGCUGUACUGUGUGUUCUGUUUUGCCCAUUGGCGGUUUAUUACCGGCUGUGGCAGCAUGUGUGUGUGAAGCUGGAGCCAGCCCUGCAGUGGCUGGACUUUAGCGUCAAAGGAUACAUGAUGUCCAAGCCUAUAGACAACCAGUUUCUUCGCAGGCCGAUUAAGAGCGGAGCCUCUGGUGACGCCAGUGACAGCGAGGAGGAGCUGGCCGCAUUCUGCCCAACAUUUGAUGAAGCAGUGGUUGCUAAGGAACUGGCUCUGACGGAUUCGGAGCACUCUGAUGCCGAAGUCUCGUAUACAGAAAAUGGCACCUUUAAUCUCUCCAGGGGACAGACUCCUCUCACAGAGGGCUCAGAGGACUUGGACAGACACAGCGACCCAGAGGAGUCCUUUGCCCAAGACCUCCCAGACUUCCCUUCAAUAAACCCAGACGCCACCCUGAUGGAGGACGACGACGACCCCAGCCUCGGUUUGCCCAGCCUGGGCUCAGCAGGCUUCUCUGGCCACCGUGGCUCCACUACCUCGGCCUUGCUGGACCUGGACGCCCAGCUGGACUCGGACCAGGAGGACCUAGACCUGUCUCUGGGUGUCUCCACUGACAUCACCGGUGACCUGGCAGGAAUUCUGGCCAGCAACAUGAUCCAGGCGGCCAUCUCCGGGGCUCUGCAGCCAAGGCCUCCCCCGGGCCCACGCAGGGAGGGUCCCCCAAGGGCUGGGGCUCAACGCAGCUACAGGAAGCAGUCGAGUUCAGAGCUGGACACGGACCUGGACUUGGAAGGGGAGGACUUUGAGAUGCUGGACCAGUCUGAGCUCAACCAGAUGGAUCCUUUAGGAGGAGCCGGAGGGAGAGGAACCGGCAGGAACAGAACGCAGGGGUCCAGCUUUUUAUCCAACUUUCUGGGGAAGCCACAGUGAGCCCGGUGUUUUUGUGUGAUAGUGUGUGAUAGUGUGUGAUAGUGUGUGAUAGUGUGUAUAAUUGAAACCUUCCUAAAUCUGCACCUUUUUACCUUUUGUUUCUUCCUCAUCCCUUAUGUUUCAAUCAGUGUGUGGAAGUGUGUAUGGGUGUGUGGGAGUGAGAGAGAGAGUGAGAGAGAGAGUGAGAGUGAAUAUUUGGUUUUGCACGGUUAACAAAUGUGGUUUUAGGUGCCACUAGCCAGUAAUCUUUCCUCUGGUUACAGGUAAUCACUGUGAAGUACAUUUCCUCUUAUACGUUUCCUGUCCUCUUCCGUAUAUGUCUGUAUGUAUGAAAGAGGGAGAGAGAGGGGGUAGGAGAGAUUGGAAGAAAGAGGGUCAGUCAUGUCUAAAAGACCCCCAAUUUAUUUUGUAGGCCAAGCAAUAGAUCAUGGAUACUGGAAAACUAUCCUUAAUACUACAGAAACCAGCAGAACCAAUCCUGAACCUUGUUUGCAACAUCCCAAGCAAGUCUAACUGAGCCUUAUCAACCUCUUAUACAAAACUUUACAUUAUGUACAGACACAUUUAUUAUUAUUAUUUUUUUGCUCAUGAUGGGACCAAACCAGACAUUCCUGCUUCAAUGCCAUAGCUGUGCUGUAGCUCAAAGGAAAAGUAUCCAAUAAUAGCAAUACCAAGAAAGGCUGGUUGAAAGCAUUGUUGAAGCCACAGUCAGUCAGAAGCCAGUAUAUACAGUUUAUAGCUUAUGAAAAGCACCCCACCUAAAAGAGCUAAAAUGUACGAAACUGUACAAUACAGUUCUGUUUGUAAACUUAGAACUAAUCCUGGAGCGGCUGUUUUGUUGUGCCCAGUCCAGCUAUUGUGACUCUUGCCAGUUUUAUUUGUUGUUUUAUUCAUUUUUUUUAUUUUAGCGGUUAUGUUCCUCUGAACAUUGAGUUCACUUUAAAUUCAACUGGGAAUGAAUAACACCUAUGAAAGAAGAGAGGGUUCAUUCCAUGUUAAAUCACUGGGGCUGAAGACGCUUUAUUUUACAGGUUAAAUAGUAAUAUAUGCAACAGUAGUAUGGAGUCGCUCUUCAUUAGUGUUUUCCAAUUGCGUACAAAUCAUUAAUACUAACUAGCAUGUUUUUAGCACUAUAAGGUGCACCGGAUUAUAAGGCGCAUUUUAUUUGACACAAGUAACUAGUAGUAGGGACAGGGGUGUCACCAAGUUUUCCUUCUAAAUUCAGCCAUAAAGCUAAGGUAAGUAAGUAAGUAACAAAACUUAAAAAAAAAAGUCAGACAAGUCAAGCGAGGACUGGAUGUUAAUCCACAUUUCUCUCAUUUGCUUCCAUUUAUUUACAGUAAACUUAGAUUAGCAGAUUUCCACUAAAGCUUGAGCAUUAGCAUUAGCGGAUAACGAAUGGCUGGCAAUUUUUGGGAAAAUUGAAGGAUUUUCAACAAUUGAAUUAUUAGAAUAAUUUAUACCAAACAAAGGCAUUGGGAUGGGAUGAUAAUGUUUAGUGUGAAUUUAAUUCAGUAUGAGCUGUGUAAAAAAAAAAAAGAAAAAAAGUUGCCAAUUUAUUGAAAAUCCCAAGAAGAAAAAAACUAUUUUUUUAUUUGAUAUUCAGACAUUCAAUCAAAUGUUUUGUUUUGUUUGGUGUUGAUUUCAGCAAAAAAAAAAAAAAAAAUCAGUGAAUCCGUUUCAAAAUGCAUACUCAAAUCAUUCAAAUGCCUCUCCAGCGGUUUUACUUUUCGAUGUAAAAAUCACUUCAAAAAUCAUUUCAAAUAUCUUUUUCCUGUAUUUCUUCUAAACAAUGUUUUUUCACCUGAGGCAUACGUUUGUGGGGAAGGCAUAAGUUAGUAGUACAACAGAGAAUUUAGACCUCUGCAAUACUGCUCUUAAAUAACACGAAAUAAUCGAUCACAGAAAAUUACAUUGCAUUUACACUUUAUUUAACCAAUUCUGAUUGUGGUUUAAGUGAUUUAAAAGUAAAUCCGAUCUGAUCACCACAAAUGCAUGUUAAUACAAAGUGUAAACAUCCUCCAUUAUCCUACAAAGCAGUGCAAAACAAAAGUGGAGAAUCUACUAAUAAAAAGACAGAUAACAUUGCAAGUGCCAUUAAUCCUAAUUUUAGGAUUAAAAUUAGUCUGUAGUAUAUAGCUUACAGUAUGAAGUAUGCAAUUGGGAUGCAACAAGCAACAAAAAUAAUGAUAAGCAAUAUAAUGUAAUCAUGAAUUUCAGCUUAGUGAUAUGAACACCUCUGGAACAUGAAGCAUUCCUGUAAUUUAUUUUAUUACAUGUUUAUUCUUUGUAUUAAUUUUAUCAUUUUAUUCUGAGUGUAAAUUUUAGUAUCUUCAUUCUGAGUAUUUAUUUCAUUUUAUCUAAGGCAUUUUAGAAUUAUAUUCUCCACUGUCGAUCCUUUUUUUUUACCCCAGGAUUCUUAAUUUACUUUUAUCUGCAAACAAACAUAUUUCAUCUAAUCCAUAUAAUGGUAGUCUUAGUAUACAUGGUGAAGGAUAACUAGCGUUUUUUCCUCGUGGAUAAAUAUAUUUUUUCCCUGUUUUAAGAAUGAAAUGCAACCAACAAACUCAGACCUUUUUUGUGAUUUAACAUGUGAACAACCCAAAAAUGAUAAAUUAGUAGAGUGUGCUUAUAUUAAUUGAUCACACUUGAUUCUGCCUCCCAUUGAUUUCUUUAAAGGUGCACUAGAAUGUCAAACUGUGUUUUUCUUGGCAUAAUUGAGAGAUCGAUCCUCCUUAAAAAAGGAAAAUCAGUUUAAUUCUGAAGUAAAGUCUAAAGGUGGUAAAUAGGCUUGCUAAACUGUGUUUGAGCAUUUUUACCCCAAACACUUUUAAAUACUUAUUUAUAUGUCAAACACCAACACGACUUAUUCUGUUAAAUACAUCUUUUUAAGUCUUAAUAAUUACAAUGAUCUUUUUUGUGCCGUCACUUCUAAUUCUUGUUUACAGAAUGUUUCUGAACCCUUGGUUUGGUUCUGUUUUUCCUCUGUUUCUCAAUGCUAUGCCGUGCUAUGCUGUGCGGCUUCUGUUUGAGCCGUUGCUGUUUUGCAGUUAUAAAGCAGGCAAUCAGAGCAGAGCUAAUCAGUUAUUUAAAUAUAGCUCUCCAUUAAAGAAAAAACAGCGCGUUUCAUUCUGCGGUAUAAUAACACAGUGGUAAAUAGGCUUGUUAAACUGCUGAGCAUUUUACACCCCAACCAAAGUCACAUACUUACUUUUUAUACAUCAAUCAACAAGUCAAAUACUCGCAAAUAGAUACAUUCUAUGGUACCUUUAAACAGAUUGUCUGUAAAAAAAAAUAAGGUGUGUAUUUUAGGUGUUACAUUAGGCUGGCACAGUUCUGUUGCAUGAAAAGAUUGUAGCUCAAUUAUUUAAUACACUGCCCGGCCAAAAAAAAGUCGCCACCUGGAUUUAACUAAGUAAAUGAUCUGGGGUUUCUGCAGUUGGUCAGGUUUAGGUUCAGCAACAGUAUGUGCUGAAAGAAUGAGGUCAGCUGACUGACUACCUGUAUAUAAUGAAUAUAGACCAGGUUAUUCCAUCAAUGGAUUUUUUUCUUCUCUGAUGACACGAGCAUAUUCCAAGAUGACAAUAUCAGAAUUCAUGGAGCUGGAAUUGUAAAAGAGUGAUUCAGGGAGCAUGAGAUCAACGUUUUCACACAUGGAUUGUUCACCACAGAGUUCAGAUUUAUUGAAAUAAAUCUUGACAUUGCAGAAGCUUAUCGAAACAAUGCCACAGUGAAUGCGUGACGCAAUCAAAGCUAAAGGUGGUCCAACAAAAUAUUAGAGUGUGUGGACUUAUUUUUUUGGUGGCAACCUUUUUUUUUUUUUUUUUUUUUUUUGGCCAGGCAGUGUAUCUACAUACUUCAUAUUGCUUCAUAUAUCCUAUUGAUGGAUGUGGCAACUUUUAAUGGCAAUAUUUUGCAGGCUUCUUUCUGCAGUUUGUAAUCAAAUUACCUGGACAAGUACACUAAAUAAUCUUUAGUGUAGAGAAGGGGGAGGACGUUUCACAAAGAGAUUAACAUUCAAGAACCAGAAAGACAGGAACUUAUCAGGAUCUACUGCCUUUUUCCUCAAUUGUUCAGGUGCAGUUAUCAUUGCCAAACUUUAAAGUCACCAGUUUAUCUUUGUUUAUCUCUUACUUGUGAAAUACUUCUGUGUGUUAUAAAAAAAUUGAGCUGCAUCUAUAGCAGGUAGCAUGGACAGAAGUAUUGUGACACCUCCAGGAGCUUUUAUGACACCCUAUUCUAUGUUCAUAGGCAUUAAUGUGGAGUCAGCCCCCCUUUGCAGCUCUGAGAUGCUGAUGUUUCUAAACUUUCUCAUUCACUUUUCAAUAAUAACUCCAAAGCUGAUGGUGGAAUAUCUACCAGGGAAAUUAUUUCAAGUACCACCCAUUCUUUGACCAAUGUUGCCACAGAUUUAUACAUCUGUGGCUAUAAGACUGAAUGAAAUACAUGAAUUCAGUAAGUAAGAGAUGUGUGUCAAUAGUUUUGUCCAUAUUGUAUACCUGUGAUCAUGGACAGGAUGGUACAGAUGUGGCAGAUAGACUUGUAGAGAGGUUCAGGGCAUCUUCACACUUGUCCAGGACUAAUUCUAAGCUCAUUUUGGGGGAAAGGCUCUUUAUUACUGGUUCUCUUUCACACAUAAAAACGAUCUGAUUUUUGAUAGACUGUGUGUCACUUUUUGGUAUGAAGGUUCGCAAAAUAGUGGAAAUAAGCGUUUGACUGUUUGCUGCUUAUGUGGACAUGGGGAGAGUAUGGAAACUUUACUCAGAAAGGGGCUUGAACCCCAGACCCCAGCGCUGAGAGGCUAACAUUUAAACCACCAAGCAGUUACGAUCACGCAACACCACAUGUAUCAAUAGGAGCAGACACUACACCUACAGCAGACCACAGUACAAUAUAAUAACUGUAGAAGUGAACCCCAGACCACCUAUUUCAGGAGGACCACCCAAAGAUAUUUUGUGCUCUCGGGUCCCAAAAAGCAAGUGUGAAAAUGCCCUCAAACAUUCUUGAGUAAACCAAACCCAGCUGAGGCGUUACUAAUGUCUCUACCUCUGAUAUACCUCUGAUAUCCUUUUAGCUGUGAUUUAAACCUGAGGCCACAGCUAGCUAGCAUUGCUGUUCUUCUUCUUGGAGGAACUGUCAUCUGCUUUAUCUAUUACAGGGUUUUUUGGACACCUGCCUGAACACUGUGAUAUCUUACUGGUAGAACAAAUAACCCUAUAUAGGCUGUUUUCAAAAACCAGCUCUGCCUCCAAUUGCCCUCUAAGAGCACAAUGUACAUAGAACAUCACAGGCCUGUCAAAACCUCAUAACUGCAUUUUGUUUUCACUUUUUAGAGCAUUCGUUGAACCUGGGGCUGGAUUCUCAAAAGUGUCUUAGGUUUCUCAAAAACAAUGUAAUUUUUUUUAACAGUUGAUAUAAUAUUAGAAUAUAAAUCAUACAAACCUAUAUGAGAGAACAGAACAGAACAUAAGAAAAUAUUUCAAACUUAAACUGAAUAUUUAAGAGAACUUAGGUUUUUCGGAGCAGAGCCCGGAUAAGUUUCCUGGACAGGGAUUAAGCCAAGGAAAACAAUGCAUUCUGAAUGGAGGCAUAUUUAAAUGAAUUUAUUUCUCUUUUUCCCCCCAUUUUUUUCCCCAAUUUGCAAGGCAAUUACUCAACUUACUUAUUAGGACUCCCCCUAUCACUAAGGGUGAGUAAUUUUGUAAAGCCUCUUUUCAAACUGCACCCUUUGAACUGAUGUAGGGAGAGAGCAACAUCUACCCACCCAGAAAGAGACAGGCCAAUUGUGUUCUCUCAGGGCUCUGGCAGCUAAUGGCAAGCUGCAUAACCGGGAUUUGAACCAGCGAUCUCCCAAUUAUAGUGUCAGCGCUUUAGACUACUCGGAGCCCCUGAAUGGAGAUUUUCCAUUAAAGUGAAAAUAUAGUCUAUGACUGGGUUUAGUUUCACUUUGUCGGUGAAACUGACCCCUAGUGUUUUAUCUUAAAAUUAAGAGUCAUAAAAUUGGGCCCCUAUUCAGCAACCAUUUUUUAAGAAGGAUUUUUUUUUAUCUUAAACCCCACUUUAUCUUUUGUUGACUUCUUUUUAGGACUUUUCUCAAGAACUUUUACAAUUUUCAAGUUCUAAUGCUGAGAAAAGGUUUUGUGAAUCCGGCCCCUGGUUUAAAAACAAUAGUUGUUUAGGUGUAAAUGCCAAGAUAGCCAAGAAUUCUGGUAAAAAAAUCAUCUGUUCUAUUAUUUGUUGGUCCACCCUGUUAUGAGAACUCUCAAAAUUCAUCUAUUUGUCUAUAGCAGCUCUUCCCCCCCGCCCCAACCAGGAAACUUUCAGCUGAUACUGACGAUGAGCUUUGAAUUGUGUUGUGUUGUUUUGAUUGUAGGUCAUGGACUUCUUUAGCUGUGCCCAAGAUGAGCGGAGUUAGGCUGCUGUUUAAUCUCAGUCCACACUUAUUCUAGCCUAGCUAGUUUAUUAUUUUCAUUUGCAACAUUGAAAAUGCAAUGAUUUAUUUUUUUGUGUUUUAGUCAUUGAGACAAUUCAGUGGAUGUUAAUGUUGUGCAUGUUGGGUUUGCUGUGAGUGGUGGCACAAACUGACAAUAGUUAAUUUUUUUCUGUUGUUGAUUUUAAUUUGUUCUUUAUUAGUUUUGCUGACCAUGGAUUCUCAUCCUCCUCCUCCGUUAGCCUUAUUCCAGUGUGUUUUUAGAGUCUAUAAGACUACCUGAAGUCUUAACUACAACUUCUCUGCUGAAGUGAGAUCUUCCUCUCUGAAUCUUUUUUUUUCCAUGUGUUUUGUGGUUCAACAGUAUGUUUUGAAGUGGAUGUUUGAAUGUGUACUCGCUGAAGCCAGUAGGAGGAUGGUGUGGUGUGCAGUGAUGCUGUUCUUUUUUUAUUUUAUUUUAUUUUAUUUUAUUAUGCUGGUUUGCUGUGAUAUUUUAUUUUCUUUAUUUGUCAUUAGUACUCAAGUCACAAUAGUCUUCUUCUGUAGUUCAUUUUACUUCCCUUCUCCUGAUAUGUUUGUUCCUAGAGUAGGGAUGGGCAAUAUAACAAACAUCAUGGCAAUUUCUGACAAUUUCAGUGUUCACGGUGUAAUGUAUGUUGCAAGUGCUGUGUAUUGGCAAGAACUUGGCAAUACAUAUCAAAACAGGAGUUACAAUUCAAUGUAUUGUGACACUCAGCCCAGUAAAGUGAGAACAGGAUAAAAUGUUAUACGUAAGUGGUCCUUAAAUUUGAAUACAAAAAAUGAAUGAUUGUUUACACAAUCUUUGGCAGAAAUAUUUCUCAAGUUUCAGUAUAUGUAAUAAAUCAGGUUAGGUUAGGUCAGUUAGGUAAACUCUUUUCCACCUUUCCCACAUGGCAACGUUUCAGCACUAUAAGCCCUUAUAUAAGCUUUUCUCAAUCUCCUUUUUGAUGAAAUGUGCAUUUGUUUAGUGUCCUAAACCAAGAUUAGGCUUAAUUCCUGUUUAAAGAGCCAGUAUUAUAUGUACAAAAAUGAUGAUUAGACACUUUUAGACAUUCAGUCACAAUAAUAAAAGUUAUAUUUGUGUUUAUAUAGUGCUUUUUGAACAUUGUCACAAAGCAGUUUUGCAGAAAUAAAACAAAUAAAACUUAUAACCUCAAAUGUUAGGAGAAAUCCAUACUCACAAGGGCAUGUGUGUAUAAUGUCCACAUUUACUAGUGUGGAACUGCUCUGUUCUGUUUUGUCUGUAUUUGUAAGCUUUCAAAGAAAGGUGCACAAAUGUGGACAAAAUAAUUGAGAGAAUUACAUCUCUAUCAUUGCUGUGUACAUUGAUGCUUCCCAACAUAACUCUUAAAAAGCAGGCAGGACAAGGGUUGUGAGAACUGUGUAAUACUGCGUAACUCCACGUAAAGGCCACGUGCCUCUUUCACUUCCAGUUUAGAUUUUAUACCCCUCAGCUUGUCCAGAAAUGCUUGUGCAAUGUGUGUUCUAUAACUUAAGGCCCAAAUGAACACUUCUUGACUGUAGGGGGAGCCCAAGAGCCAGUUCCAAUAUGAAUUCUCAAGUAAUGCUUAUUUUAAAGUAACUAUUAUGAAUUUACAAAUUAGACACUUAUUUAGUGUAUAAUCUGAAGCUGAUGUGUUGUCAUAUUGCCCACCUCUGUUCUUCAGUAACAUGUAGGCCGCUGUAGAUUUUUGCUGUAUGAGCAAACUUUGCUGGUUGUUUGUUUUUGUCACCUUUUUCUUGACAUUUACAUAGCUGUGACUCUAUGAACUUACAGACUAUGUAUUUAUUUUUCCAAUCCAGGUAAAAGUGGAAGGUCAUAUGGAUUAAUUGACAUUGUAUAGAUUGAAGAUGGUAAAGUAAAUGAGAUGGUCUCAGUGUGUUGAGACCUGUUUAUCUUUAAGACGUGCACCUUUUAUUUCCCACAAUGCUCCUUUGAAUGUGUUUGAAAGGUGAAGAAGAAUUGUUUUAGCUGGACAAAGAAGCCGGAUAUGAAAGUGAUUUAAGAUAAUAAGCCCAUUCAGCUUUUGUAAACGGAGUGCGAAGUGUAAAUGUGUUUCUUUGUGUGACGGCAUGGUUCCCGGACUGUUCCUUUUUUCUACUCUUUUCACAAUCAGAACAAAUGGCUGGUCAUGUUCGUCACCUAUUCAUUCAGACUCUUGUGAGUGAGGCAGAACUCACUUUAUAAGUGACUAAAUAUGAAAAAAAUAUGAUUCAAUUGUUAAAUUUAGAACAAACAACAAAAUCUGAUUAAGUGUGUAGAUAUUGUAUAGAUAUGAUCAGCAGAAUGAAAAAUAAUAAACAGAGGCCUUUAUUCAGCGGGGCUGUCUGUUCACCUCACAGUCGAGGUGAAGAGGAAUGUCGAGGGCUGACAUGCUGUUUUCUAAACUAAUAUAUAAAAGAAAAAGAGAAUAAAUUAAUACAAUUCAUACUGUCUCUUUGAUAAGACUAUAAUCUGCAGUUUUAAUUUUGUGUUCUGUACAUAGAUAUGUUUUGAUGUGCAAAGUGAAUAAACUCUGGAAUACAGCCGUGGCCUCUGA